AUGGCGGACCAGUACAACAUCAAUGAGGAGAAGAUUGUGAAGGACAGUCACACGAAAGAAAUUGACCUGAUCAACAGGGAUCCAAAACAGAUCAAUGAGGAUGUUGUCAAGGUGGACUUUGAGGACGUGAUCGCCGAGCCCGACGGGACGCACAGUUUGGACGGCGUUUGGAAGGCCAGCUACACGACGUUCACCGUGUCCAAGUACUGGUGCUACCGCGUCCUCUCGGCCGUUUUCGGCGUCCCCGUGGCUCUGCUGUGGGGUUUCCUGUUCGCCUGCAUCUCUUUCUGCCACAUCUGGGCCGUCAUGCCCUGCAUCAAGAGCUGCCUGAUCGAGACGCAGUGCCUGAGUCGCAUGUAUUCCCUGUGCAUCCACACCUUCUGUGACCCUCUGUUUGAAGCGCUGGGCAAGAUCUUCAGCAGCGUGAGGGUGGCGCUGCGGAAGGAGGUGUAA